GAAGCAGCCAUGUCUAAUCAAGGUUAUGAUAUCCCAUCACCAUCUCAUGCUGCACUAACAGUAGAACCAGAUUCAGAUGAUGAAGAUUUAGUAGCGAUUCCUCAAUCAGAAAUCAAUCAACAACCAAGUCAAAAAUCAUUAAAUGUAGAUAAAGGAAAAACAAGAGCUAAUCCAAUAAGUCCUGUUAUCCUCACACCUAGUACUUCUACCAACAUACCACCUACUUUAUCAGGUCAAAUUGGUGAUAGUAAUCGAUCUACUGGAAAUUCCGCUGGUUCUUCAAGACCUCAGCGUCAUGCUAUUGGUGGGAUUAUGACGGAAUCGAGAUAUGGAUCUGGGCUUAAUACGCUUGAUGAACCCAUCAGUGAAACCAUUAUGAGAGACUUAUCAGCCAUCGGAUCUAAAAUCGUCUUGAUUCUUUAUCCAUCAGGAUCUUCAAGUUCAAAGGCAGUUUUGAGGGAUUGGGAUCUUUGGGGUCCGCUUGUGGCUUGUCUUGGUUUAGCUGUUGCACUUUCUAUUCACGCCCCACCCCAACAAUCUUUAUCAGUCUUCACCGGUGUAUUUGUGAUUGUUUGGGUUGGAAGUUUGGUGGUAACCUUGAAUGCCAGACUAUUAGGUGGUAGAGUUUCAUUCUUACAAUCACUCUGUGUAUUGGGUUAUUGUCUCUUUCCUCUCUUCAUUGCUGCUUUAGUGGCUUUGUUUAUUCGUUGGUUACCUAUUCGAGUCUUACUUAGUGUAUUGGGUUGGGCUUGGAGUGUUUGGGCCGCGAUGAAUUUCUUUGGUGGGACUAGAUUAGAAGAAGGUAGAGCUCUUUUAGCAGUUUAUCCGUUGGGUUUAUUUUAUGCUGCUUUAGCUUGGAUCACUAUGCUUUCUUGAUUUAAUUGAAUUGAGCGAAAAAAAAACUCAGGAAUUCGUUUUAACUUACAUUCUUACUACAUCUUCAACUUUCAAAAGAAACGAGCUUUCUUAAUCAAUCUUAGUCUCCAGUAUCAGGUAUUAGAAGUGGUCAAUGAGGACUAGGUUGGGGGUUUGAAGAGUUAUCAAAAUUGUGGUGGUAUACAAACUCACUUGACAUUAUCUUCUUUCAAGUUUUUGACGUCUUUUCCAGUUUAGAUUCCCAGUGUAUUGUUUUCUUUUUUUCUUUUUGAUUUAAAUUU